CGUCUCUUCCACUCCAUCGCGUUUCCUUUGGUUGUUCCGUCGUCUGUCUUUUCAUCGCAGGGCAGUCAAUAUGUCGAACAUCUCCCGUUCCGCCAACCUCCUCCUGCGCUCCAGCAGGGCCUCCCUGCUGCGCCCUCGUGCUGUUAACCCUGUUCAGCAUGUUUUCAUGAAAGACAGGCUGGCUGCCCGUGGCAUGGCUUCUGCUUUCGAGCGUUCCAAGCCUCACGUCAACAUCGGUACCAUUGGUCACGUCGAUCACGGCAAGACCACCUUGACCGCCGCCAUCACCAAGUACCAGGCCUCCAAGGGCCUUGCUACUUUCCUCGAGUAUGGUGCCAUUGACAAGGCUCCUGAGGAGCGUAAGCGUGGUAUCACCAUCUCGACCGCCCACAUCGAGUUCUCGACCCAGGACCGCCACUACGCUCACGUCGACUGUCCCGGUCACGCUGAUUACAUCAAGAACAUGAUCACUGGUGCUGCCAACAUGGAUGGUGCCAUCGUCGUCGUUGCCGCCUCCGACGGUCAGAUGCCCCAGACCCGUGAGCACUUGCUGCUUGCCCGUCAGGUCGGUGUCCAGAAGAUCGUCGUCUUCGUCAACAAGGUCGAUGCUGUCGAGGACCCCGAGAUGUUGGAGCUCGUCGAGCUGGAAAUGCGCGAGCUCCUCACCAGCUACGGUUUCGAGGGUGAGGAGACCCCCAUCAUCUUCGGUUCCGCCCUGUGUGCUCUGGAGAACCGUCGCCCCGAGAUCGGUACCGAGCGUAUCGACUCCCUGCUCGAGGCCGUCGACACCUGGAUCCCUACCCCCCAGCGUGACCUUGACAAGCCCUUCCUCAUGUCCGUUGAGGAGGUCUUCUCCAUCCCCGGCCGUGGUACCGUCGUCUCGGGCCGUGUCGAGCGUGGUGUCCUGAGAAAGGAUACCGAGGUCGAGAUUGUCGGAAACAGCAAGGAUGCCAAGAAGACCAAGGUCACCGACAUUGAGACCUUCAAGAAGUCCUGCGACGAGUCCCGCGCCGGUGACAACUCCGGUCUUCUGCUCCGUGGUGUCCGCCGUGAGGAUGUCCGCCGUGGAAUGGUCGUUGCUGCCCCCAACAGCACCAAGGCUCACGACAAGUUCCUUGUGUCCAUGUAUGUCCUGACCGAGGCCGAGGGUGGCCGCCGUACCGGAUUCGGCUCCAACUACCGUCCCCAGGUCUUCAUCCGCACUGCUGACGAGGCUGCCGAUCUCACCUUCGUCGGCGAGGAUCAGUCCCGCCGUGUGAUGCCCGGUGACAACGUUGAGAUGAUCCUCAGCACCCUCCGGCCCGUCGCUGCCGAGGCUGGCCAGCGCUUCAACAUCCGUGAGGGUGGUCGCACCGUUGCCACUGGUCUGGUCACCCGUGUGAUUUAAAUUACCAGUCUGCGUUAGACUGCACCGACUAAUUGGCUGCUAUGUAAUAUGGAACCAAAACCGGCUUUUUCUUUCUGGGUCUCUCUAAUUUUGCAGCGCGGGAAUGAGCGAAGGCAUCCGGGGAAUGUUGAUACACCACGACCGUGGACUACACCGGAGUUCUUUGAGUGAUGUCGAUCUAUGUAUUGUAUUAAAAACAUGUAGAAUUUUCUUUUUUUCCUUGUUAUAUCUCCCCUCUAUUUCAGCUCUAUCAUUGAAUACGAAUCAAAUGAUCUUGAAU